GCCUCCCUUCCUAGAGCCCCCGGUUCCUUAGAAACCUGGCGGCGCGUUCUGGUAGCGGAGCGCUAGACUCCGUGGCGGGCGAAUUCCUGCCCGCCUCCUUCACUGGGGGUUGGCGUCCGCUGAGACCGUCCGGACCCAAGGUCUCCUGUGCGGAGCGGGGCGGGCAAUGCCAGCGUGCCAGGAGCCAUGUUUGACCAGGACUGUGGGACGGUCAUGUUCACGUUGGAGGCUCCGGUGAGGAGAUGAGCUGGUGAACAGAGAAGCCGGCAUGAAGAUGCUCCCGGGAGUGGGCGUGUUUGGGACUGGCAGCUCCGCCCGGGUUCUGGUGCCACUGCUGAGGGCAGAAGGGUUCACCGUGGAGGCCCUGUGGGGGAAGACGGAGGAAGAGGCGAAACAGCUUGCCGAGGAGAUGAACAUCGCCUUCUACACCAGCCGGACCGAUGACGUCUUGCUGCAUCAGGACGUGGACCUGGUGUGCAUCAACAUCCCCCCUCCGCUCACCCGGCAGAUAUCUGUGAAGGCUCUAGGUAUCGGGAAGAAUGUGGUUUGUGAGAAGGCAGCAACCUCGGUGGACGCCUUCCGGAUGGUGACAGCCUCGCGCUACUACCCACAGCUGAUGAGCUUGGUGGGGAACGUGCUGCGCUUCCUGCCUGCCUUCGUGCGCAUGAAGCAGCUGAUCGCCGAGCACUACGUGGGUGCGGUGAUGAUCUGCGACGCCCGCAUCUACUCAGGCAGCCUGCUCAGCCCCAACUACGGCUGGAUCUGUGACGAGCUCAUGGGCGGCGGGGGCCUGCACACCAUGGGCACCUACAUCGUCGACCUGCUGACCCACCUGACUGGCCGGAGGGCCGAGAAGGUCCAUGGGCUCCUCAAGACCUUUGUGAGGCAGAAUGCAGCCAUCCGUGGCAUCCGGCACGUCACCAGCGAUGACUUCUGCUUCUUCCAGAUGCUCAUGGGCGGGGGGGUGUGCAGCACGGUAACGCUCAACUUCAACAUGCCGGGUGCUUUUGUGCACGAGGUCAUGGUAGUAGGCUCUGCCGGCCGCCUUGUUGCCCGGGGAGCGGACCUCUAUGGGCAGAAGAACUCUGCCCCCCAGGAGGAGCUGCUCCUGAGGGACUCAUUGGCUGUGGACACAGGGCUGCCUGAGCAAGGGCCCCGGGAUGUCCCGCUGCUCUACCUGAAGGGCAUGGUCUACAUGGUGCAGGCCCUGCGCCAGUCCUUCCAGGGGCAGGGGGACCGCCGCACAUGGGACCACACACCCGUCUCCAUGGCCGCCUCAUUCGAGGAUGGGUUGUAUAUGCAGAGCGUGGUGGACGCCAUCAAAAGGUCUAGCCGAUCCGGGGAGUGGGAAGCUGUGGAGGUGCUGACGGAGGAACCCGAUGCCAACCAGAACCUGUGCGAGGCGCUCCAGCGGAAUAACCUGUGAGCCUGCACGUGGGCUCCCUGCCGUGGGGCGGAGCGGCCAGGGAGGGGCCAGGAGCAAGGUGGGAGGUCUUGGCUAGAGCGUAGACAGUGUCUCUUAUUUAACAAGUCAGCUUGGGCAGGGUCCAGGUGGAGCCCAAGGUGGCCCGGGGAAAAUGCCCCCUCCAGCACGCACUCCCUCCUCAGGCCUGCAGGGCAGUGACGUUCCCGUGGCCGCGGCCGAGUGGCCCAGCACGAGGAGUGAGAGGCAGAGCUGCCACCAGGUCUCUGUGUCGUUAAUACCAGUGAGCAGGGCCAGCAGAAGCUUGACUAGGGGCCUCUUCAGCCUGUCGUGGUCCUGACUGGAUGAGAAAGCACAGUGAGGAGCCGGUUUGGCUGAUUGCUCAGGCCUGGGGAGAAACGGCGAGAAGCCGUGUCCACACCCCGCGUGGGCCCAGGGCAUCUCAGGAGCGGGGAGGAUGACCAGUCACCGAGCCUCAAGGAGCUGCACCUGCCCUCCCUCCCAUGCGACCAGGCCCUUCCGGCCUCUGGGCUUCCCCUUCUCCAGCAGGGAGGAUGGGUUCUCCAGUAGGAGGGUCUCGGGGGGCUGUUGACUAGAGCAGAGGGCCCCCAAUUUGCCAGAGCGGAGACAAGGGACCGCUCUGGAACAUCUGAUAAAUGUUAAUAAAUAAAUCAAACUUGG